AUGUCUUACAACUUUAACUUUGUUUCAUGGAAUUGUCGAGGCGGUUUAUCUUUUGCUCGUAAACAACGAUUUAUUCGUUCCCUGGUUUUUAAUAAUAAUCUCUCUCUUUUGGGUAUUGUCGAGACUAAAAAAGAAACAUUUGAUGAUUUUGGAAUUCGUUUAUUAUGGCCUAAUCUAGAUUUUGAUUAUUCAUUUGAUCCUUCCAUUGGUGCUUCCGUAGGGUUACUUUGUAUCUGGAAUCUGAAAUUUAUUUCUCCUUCUAGAAUUAUUAAAGCUAAUAGAUGGAUUAGCUUGGAUUUUGUUUGGUUAGACAUCCAUAUUAGAUUUGUGUUGGUUUAUGCUGGUAACUGUUCUACAGAGCGGGCCUCUCUUUGGCGUGAUAUUCUUCCUGAGCUUAACACGGAUUUCCUUUGCAUUGUUGUGGGUGACUUCAAUGAGAUUUUGGACCCUUCGGAGAGACUUAAUUGUAAUAGUUUCUCAUCUUCGAUGCUUGAUUUUUCAGCUUUUAUUUCGGCAUCCAAUUUAGUUGAAUCUACUUUGCAAGGCAGGUUCUUUACUUGGCAGAACAGUAUUUCAAGGUCGAAGAUUGAUAGGUGUUUUUUGUCUCCGGCUGCUUUUACCUCUUGGCGAAACAAUGUGCUGAAAGCUUUGCCAAGAUCUUAUUUAGAUCACGUUCCCAUUUUAUUCAGCUCAGAUGUGGCUUCUGAUUGGGGUCCAAAAGCUUUCAAGUCAAUCAAUGCUUGGUGGAGCAAUAAGGAGUUCUUUUCUUUUGUGGCUAAUUCGUGGUCAGAUAUUACUCUUAGGCUGCCUACAGCGAAUUUGGAGUCGUCUUCAAAUUUUCACAGCCUUAGCGAGAAUGAUAUCUCAAAGCUUUCCUGCUUGAAAUCUGAUUUUAAUCAUCUCUCAACUCAAAUCGAAUCUCUUUGGCAUCAAAAGUCGAGACUUAAUUGGAACCUUCAUGGUGAUAGAAAUUCUAAAUAUUUUCAUACAGUGGCUUCGAUACAUUCUAAAGGCAAUUUUAUUUCGGAACUUUAUAUCGAUGAUGCUGCCAAUCUUACAACCCCUAUCACCGAAGAGGAGAUUUUAUCCACUCUUAUGAGCUGUCUUAACACUGCUUUCUUAGUGUUAAUUCCUAAAUUUCAAGGAGCUUCUGACAUUAAGGAUUUUCGACCUAUUAGUCUGAUUAAUGGUGUGUUUAAGCUGCUCUCUAAGGUCCUCGCCAAUAGACUUUCUCAAGAUCUCCCUUCUAUUAUAUCUGAAAAUCAAUUUGGCUUCAUUAAAGGGAGAAGUAUUCAUGACUGUCAUAUGAUUGCUACUGAAAUUAUUCAUCUUGUAAAGCGGAGAAAGGAGUCGGUUUUUUUAGUCAAGCUUGAUUUUAUGAAAGCUUUCGAUAGUAUUUCUUGGCAAUUUAUUUUGCAAAUGCUUCAACGAAUGAAUUUUGACACCAAGUGGAUGAGUUGGAUAUCUUCUUUUUUCGAUUCAGCUCAGCUAUCUAUUUUACUCAAUGGCUGCCCGACUGAGAAUUUCUUUAUGGAUAAAGCGGUGGAGAGUCUGAAAGCUAUUUUUUCUAAAGCUGCUAGCUUGGGUUUGCUCUCUGGUAUUCAUGUAGAAGAGUUGGAAGUGGAUAUUUCUAUACUGCAAUUUAUAGAUGGUACCCUUUUAUUUGUCCCGAAUGAUUUAACAAUGAUAGAGAAUUUGCUUCGCAUUUUGAGAUGUUUUGAGCUGAUUUCUGGGCUUAAGAUUAAUUAUCACAAGUCCUCUAUUACUGGAUUAAACGUGGACGAGUUUUCGCUUGAUAAAGCUUCAGAUAUUCUGCACUGCAAAAUUGAAGAAUUACCAAUUACAUAUCUUGGCCUCCCUUUAUCUGAGAGGGCAGUUGGCGUCAAAAUGUGGGAUCCGGUUAUUUCUAUCUUUUCUUCGCAGCUAUCUACUUGGAGAGGUAAUUUACUGUCCCCUGCAGGAAGACUUACUCUUAUCAAAUCGGUUUUAUGUAGUUUGCCCGUCUAUUACUUGUGUACUUUUCGAAAUCCUCAAGCAGUAGCAAAUUCUCUCGAAAGAAUAAUGAGACGAUUUUUAUGGAGUGGGGAUACAAAUAGAAGGGGGUUUAGUAAGGUGGCUUGGUCGGAUGUUUGCGUUCCUUUUUCGAGCAAGGGUCUUAAUAUUACGCCGCUGCGAUUUAAGAACCAAUGUUUACUUAUGAAAUGGAUGUGGAAGCUGCUGGUUUGUGAUCGUAGUUCGAUUUGGUUUCAUGUCAUCUCGAAUAGCUCAUCCAUAAAUUAUUGGUUUGAUUUGGAAAAAUCAAAAGUGCAGCAUUAUUCGCACUUAUGGAAAGGGAUCUUCUAUCCGUGUGUUAGUGAUCAAAAUAUUUGGAGUUGCUUUUUUGGGUCAGUGACAAUGAUUCUAGGAAAGGGCAAUGAUAUUAGAUUUUGGGAGGAUUGUUGGUUGUCCGCUCCUUUGAAAAUCUUAUAUCCAGAUUUGUAUAACCUUUGCAGGAACAAGGACGCUGUCGUGGCUUUGAUUUUUGACGCUCAACAACAGUGUUUUAUGAAUUUCAGCUGGGCUCGUAGACUGAGAGUUGGGGAACAGCAGCAACUUACUUCUUUGAUUCAACAGCUGCCAAUUAUUCAGUCCUUGCAUCAUUAUCCGGACAAAGCAGCUUGGAGAAGGAAUAAAUUGUUUACAGCAGCUUCAUUGAGGGAGGUUUAUAACAGGUCUUGUUCUAAUUAUCAUUUGAAUUCUUCCUUUUUCAUGCCGAGAUUUUGGAAGGAAAUUCUACCUCAUCUGAUUCAAUUUUUUACUUGGUUACUAGCUCGUGAUCGCAUCUCUUCGAAUGUCACUUUGGUAAAAAGAGGCGUUCUUGAUGUUACUUUUUCCUCCUGUCUUUUUUGUUCGAAGGACGAAUCCGGGAUCCACAUAGUUCUUCAUUGUCACUUUGCUUGGCACCUCUAUCUCUGGAGGAUUUUUUCAUUCAUUGGGUUUCUUUAUCGGAUGGCAGUCACCGUAAUCUUUGGAAAUUCAUAUGGUUUUUUGCGGUGGAGUUUUUUAAAGCGCGAAACCAUGGUUUUUCUUACACCGGAAAUGAGGUUUUCCGUUGUGUGA